AUGGUACACCCGUAUCAUACUUACGCAACACUGUUGUCUGCUGCUGAGUGCUGAGUGUCGGAUACUAUAACCGGGUUUACGAAUUACGAGACAAUAAAAUCUUUAACCUCGCUUUUAUUUUCUUCUAACAAGAAACAUGUCGUGUUUGAGACGCAAGUUUUUAGUUAAUAGCAUUUAUAACUUUGUGUGAAAUGUUCAAUAUGAUAUCCCUGUUAAUCAAUCACAUACCGAAAAUAGUUAAUAAGACAACAAAGCUCGAUAAACAAACAAUUUCCAAAUGUUAUGGAUCGUUACCACGUCUCACGCCACAAGAGGUAACAAGGAUAUUGAGGUCUAAUGAAUUUACCAAAGAAUUUAAUGGACCUAAUUCAAUCAAGUACUAUGAUACAAAUCAAUUGUCUUCAAAUAAUCCCAUUGAAGAUACACGGUCAGAAGCAAGGUGUAAAUUGACAAACGGUCAUCUUUUGGGAAUCUUCGAUGGACAUGGAGGAGGUGCCUGCGCUCAGGUUAUAUCUAAGCGACUUCCUGCUUAUAUUGCUGGAUGUCUUUUACCGACAGAUAGUUUGAAAAAAAUUUUAGGCGUUCAGAAACAUCCCGCUAAACUCCGAGAUCAUCUUCUUGAAUUUUAUAAUGACAAUACUGACUUCGUAUCAAAUAUAAGUAAACUUUAUAACGAAAGUUUCUUAUCUUUUCUAAAAGAACUUGCUGAAAAAUCUGGAGAGUCAGAUUUUCAAAUGGAAAAAGCUCUUCAAAAUUCAUUUUUAAGUUUAGACAGAGAUUUGUCUGAUGAAGCUUUGCGAAAAUUGAGUAGAUCAGAUAAAGCAAGAACUCUCUCGGUCGCAAUGUCAGGAUGUGUUGCUGUUGUUUCUCAUAUUGAUGGACCACAUCUUCAUGUAGCUGGAGCUGGAGAUUGUCGUGCGGUUUUGGGAGUCUACGCAGAGAAUGAAGGAUGGUCUGCGAAAAUGAUGACUGUGGAGCAUAAUUCAGACAAUCGCGAAGAAGUAGAAAGAAUUUGGUCUGAACACCCCGCUAUUGAGAAACAGACUGUUAUAAGAAUGGAGAGGCUUUUAGGUCAAUUAGCCCCACUUAGGGCUUUUGGUGAUUUUCGUUACAAAUGGAACAAAGAAAUUAUGAGUAAUACUGUUGUGCCAUAUUAUGGUGAGUCAGCAAUACCUCCAAACUAUUAUACUCCUCCAUAUCUUACCGCAAAGCCAGAUGUUGUGUAUCACCGCUUGACACCUAAAGAUAAGUUUUUGAUACUUGCGACGGAUGGUCUGUGGGAUUUCAUAUCACCUCUUGAAGCAGUUCGUCUAGUAGGUGAGCAUAUGAGUGGAAAAGUGACACUGAGUCCUUUGACUUUGUCCCGGAAUAAUAUCAAACUGUCAGAAAUAAACCAAAUGCUUCUGCAAAGAACCAAAGGCUUAAAAAAAAAACCUUUAGAUGAAAAUGCAGCAACUCAUUUAUUAAGAAACGCACUUGGUGGAACUGAGUAUGGGAUUGAUCAUUCAAAAAUUUCACAGUUUUUAACUUUAUCUGACAAAAUUGUUCGCAUGUUCAGAGAUGAUAUUACAAUAACUGUGGUCUAUAUGGAUUCCGAAUUCUUAAGACAUUGUCCUUCAUAAAUAAAAUUGAUAGAUUUUAUCUAUCAAUUUUUUUUUUUAUUGUCGCGCAAUUCAGAUUAAAUUGUUGUCCACGCAGAGGAUGUUCCUCUGUCCUGAGUAGUGCCGAAUUAAAUUUGGAGAAAUAACGAAGUGCAAAAAUCACUGAAAUAUAAGAUAAGUAAAAAGUGAACUCUUGCGUUAAAAGUGUUGUUGAUAAAGAAUUUACAAAUAUGCGGUAUUUGCCUGUGUCGUACAGUCAAGUCUCAAAGUAUU